AUGCCCAAUUUCCGCCUCCGCCUCCCCUCCCGCAACUGGAUGAUCUUCUUCACCAUCACGGGCUCCUUCGCAGGCACCCUGAUCUACGACCGCCGGGAGAAGCGCCGCGCGCAGCAGAAAUGGUGCGAGCUCGUGGCCCAUCUCGCCAAGGAGCCCUUGCCCGUUGAGCAGAUGCGCCGCAAGCUGACGGUGUACCUGGCUGCACCGCCCGGGGACGGUCUGCGGAUUGCGCGGGACCAUUUUAAAGAAUACGUCAAGCCCGUUCUUGUGGCUGCGGCGUUGGACUAUACCGUUGUCGAGGGAAGACGGGAGGGUGAUGUGCGAGCUUCCACUGCGGAAAAUAUAAGGAAGCUGCGGCGCAGGAAUGGAGAGUCGAGUUCGGUUGUCGAGGAGGUCGGCGUUGAGCAGGUUGUUGCUGAGACGAGGAAGAGUAUCGGCAUUGAGGAUGAGCCGGGUCCCAAGGGCGACCUGGUUAUCGGGCGACAUACCUGGAAGGAAUAUGUUCGGGGACUUCAUGAGGGCUGGCUAGGCCCGUUGGAUCCUCCGCUACCUCCGGCUGCACCAGAAGAGGUCCCGACUCCUGACGCUUAUGCGUUGGAGGGCGCAGAUGGCACCAGCGCGGACGACAAGCCCCCAACAACUGAGCAAGAAAAACCAGACACCGAAAAGGAAGAGAAACCCUCCAAGUCCGCCGGUCCCACAGCUGCAUACAUCUCACCCGCCGACUACUCAAUCGCCAGCCUCCCGCCCACCCUCCCCCAGUCCUUCGACAGCUCCAUCCCCGUGCCAUUCCCCCACAUCCUCGGCUUCCUCAACACCCCCAAGCGGAUGUACCGCUACCUGACACAACGCUACCUCGCCGAGGACAUCGGCCGCGAAGUAGCCGGGAUCGUGCUCGCGACCAGCGCACGCCCCUACCACAACGAUGCAUCCAGCGCAGAGUCUAACUGGAGCGAUAGCGCCAGCAGCGACCCGACAUCUUCUUCCGACAGCAACAAUCACAACAGCAGCACAUUCACCGACCUCGCACCCCGCACAGCUGAGCAGCAAACUACCCUCAAGGAAGCCGAGACGGAAUGGCACAAGUCCGUGCACAAGGAGAGUUCAUUCGAACAGGCGGAGCGCGAGUGGCUCGACGACGUCGUUCUGGACCCUCGCAUUUCCUCGCGCAUGCAGCGCGCCGUGCUCUCUAUUGACGACGAGGCUCGCUCGCGGCGCAUUGCGAGCCAAGAGGAGUAUAUCCUCGGCGAGGAGCGGCCUGCUCCUGUGCCCUUCUGGCAGCGCAUGUGGAUUAAGUACGGGUAUGGGGAGGAUGAGGAGACGCUUAAGCGGAAGCCGAUCUUGGGUAAUAUUGACGGAGAGGAUGUGGAGUAA